AUGGCGUCCUUCAUUAGAUUUGUAUUGGAAAUGUUUGUUGUAUGGGUGGCUGUUUCAUUCAUCUUUGUGAUCCCCCUUGCAACAAUAGCAGUAGCAUCUCAAUCAUCAUCAUCAGCACCAGAAGCCAAGGCUCUACUCAACUGGAAGGCCAGUGUCCCCUACUAUUUCGACUUUCCUAAUUCCUGGGAUUCAAAUGAUGCAAGCCCAUGCAAGUGGGAGGGGAUAGCUUGCAACGCAGCUGGAAGAGUUACAGAGAUUAACUUAACUUCUUACUACCUCAAUGCUGAACUCGGCAAUUUGAAUUUUUCCACUUUCCAAUAUCUGCUUCGUCUGGAUCUUAGUUAUAAUGAAAUUUCGGGAACCAUCCCAGAAGACAUCGGUAUGCUUUCCAAACUUACCCAUCUGUACCUGUCUUGGAACAAUAUUUCGGCUAAGUUGCCUUCUUCACUAGCUAAUCUUACCAGUUUACUUGAGUUGGAUGUGUCUUGCAAUGAAAUAAGUGGUGAAAUCCCUCCUACCAUAGGUAAGUUGAGCAACCUCAACUUCCUCUGCCUCUCUCAAAACAGGAUCAAUGGCUCAAUACCUCCAGAGAUAGGAGACCUCAAAAAUCUCAAUCAGUUGGACCUAGGAGGUAACAUGCUUUCUGGUUCAAUACCUACACAGAUUGGGAAUUUGAGAAAUCUAAAAGAGUUAUACCUUAGUGAAAAUGAGUGUAUUGGUUCAAUCCCUAUAGAAAUUGGAGAUUUGGGAUGGCUGACGCUACUUGAUCUUUCGUACAACAAGCUAAGUGGUUCAAUACCUACACAGAUUGGGAAUUUGAGAAAUCUAAAAGAGUUACACCUUAGUGAAAAUGAGUGUACUGGUUCAAUCCCUAUAGAAAUUGGAGAUUUGGGAUGGCUGACGCUACUUGAUCUUUCGUACAACAAGCUAAGUGGUUCAAUACCUGCACAGAUUGGGAGUUUGAGAAAUCUAAGUGAAUUAGACCUAAGUAAUAAUGAGUUUACUGGUUCAAUCCCUAUAGAAAUUGGAGAUUUGGGACGGCUGAUGCUACUUGAUCUUUCGUACAACAAGCUAAGUGGUUCAAUACCUGCACAGAUUGGGAGUUUGAGAAAUCAAAGUGAAUUAGACCUAAGUAAUAAUGAGUUUACUGGUUCAGUCGCAGAUUUGGGAUGGCUGACGCUACUUAAUCUUUCGUACAACAAGCUAAGUGGUUCAAUACCAAAACAGAUUGGGAAUUUGAGAGAUCUAUAUGAGUUAGACCUAAGUGGAAAUCAGUUUACCGGUUCAAUUCCGAUGGAAAUUGGAGAUUUAGAACAUCUGACGCGACUUUAUCUUGCACACAACAAUCUAAGUGGUUUAAUCCCUACACAGAUGGGGAAACUCCAUUUUUAUUCCUUGGAUUUGGAUAUGAGCUACAAUGAUUUGGAGGGUCCUGUUCCGGAUGAAAUAGCUUUGGAAACUCUUCCAGAAAAAUGGAAUAAUAACAAAGGUUUGUGUAGUUAUCAUUGGAAGCUCCCAUGUAAAAGCAGUGAGAAAAAGAUUGAGAAAAGGCUUAAACUCAAGAUUCCCAUUAUUAUAUCUCUUUCUAGCAUCAUCAUACUUGUUGCAUUUGUAACUGUUAUUGUCCGGUUCCUCUUCAAACAAAAGUCUAUAAAUUCCAUCACUGAUGCAACAAGCACACAAAAAAAUGGAGAUAUAUUUUCCAUAUGGAACUACGACGGGACGAUUGCAUACAGCGACAUCAUGGAAGCUACAGAAGAAUUUGACAUCAAAUAUUGCAUUGGCACUGGAGGUUAUGGGAGUGUUUACGUAGCAAUGCUACCUACAGGAAAAGUAGUAGCUGUGAAAAAGCUUCAUCGCAUAGAAGCUGAAGAGAAAGCCUAUGAGAAUAGCUUUACUAAUGAGAUACAUCUAAUCUUACCAGUUUACUUGAGUUGGAUGUGUCUGGCAAUGAAAUAA